AUGGAAAAGGAGAGUAGUAGUAUCCCGUACUGGCUUAAAAAUGUAGACGAAGACGAAGCAAUUGAGAUGGAGUUAGCUGCGAUAGCUCAGCCGGAGACGCCGAACGAGCCGAUGGAGUUUUUGUCGAGAUCUUGGAGCCUCUCUGCUAACGAAAUCACGAAAGCUCUCGCGAAGAAAAAGCACAUUGUUAAUACUCAACCUCCUUUAUUUGAAAACAUUAAUAAUCUCUCCCUCCAUCCUCAAACACCACUUGUAUCACAUCAUCUACAUGUAAGUCUCUCUCUCUCUCUCUCUCUCUCUCUCUCACACACACACACACACACACACACACACACACAAUUGAGCAAAUACAUCUUCACACAGUCGGGCAACCGAAUAACCGAAAGAAUAAGAGGCGGACCAAUCGGAAGACUAUUGUUCCAUCACAAAGAAGGCAACAACAAUGAUGUGAAAAGGAAGAAGGAUAAGGCGCGCAUGGAAAACGCGCACACGCACGCAGUUCUCUCGGUUGCAGGACUAGCAGCAGCCUUAGCCUCCGCUGCUUCAGCCGAGAGAUCAAAAGCAGGCCCGACCUCGAAGAUGAGCUCGGCGCUGACAUCAGCAACCGAGCUCUUAGCCUCGUACUGCAUUGAGUUGGCCGAGUCAUCCGGUGCCGAUCAAGAUUCUGUCGACUCAGUUGUCCGAUCGGCGCUCGCCAUUCAAACCGCCAGUCAUCUUUCAACUCUAACAGCAGCCGCAGCCACCGCUUUGAGAGGAGAAGCGGCUCUGAGAGAAAGAUUACCUAAGGAAGGAAAACGGAGUGCGACUAUAAGUCCAUACGAAAGGAAUUUAGCAGAUUUUCAAUCUCAAUCUCCAUCGACUUUUCGGAGUGAUAUCGAAGAAGAUGAUCUUCCGUGUGUAGGUGAUUUACUGCAACUCACUUCAAAAGGUAAUACUUCUAAAUUCAAGUUAUCGAAUAAUUUUUUUUUUUUUUUAAAGCCGGUAAAUCGAGUUAUUGAUUUUUCGAAUUUCUUAGGUGUCCUAAGAUGGAAAAAGGUAUCCGUAUACAUCAACAAGGCAUUCCAGGUUACAAUGAAGUUGAAGAGCAAACACGUCGGUGGAGCAUUUUCCAAGAAUAAUAAAUGUAUUGUGUACGAAGUGAUUGACGAGAGCGACAGAUGGCCGUUCAGAAAAGAAAGAGAAAAUAUGGAAGUUUAUUUUGGGGUGAAAACUGCAAAGGGUAUGUUUGAGUUCAAGUGUAAGAACAGAGUUCAUAAACAGAAAUGGUGCAUCGGAAUUCAACAGCUUCUUCAACGAAGAAGACGAUUCGAAGAGGCUCAGAAUUCCCUAAGAAAUUUGAAUAUCAACAACACCAUUUAAAU